AUGCAGGCAUCAUCGCGGUCGUAUAAUAAACUGGAGUAUCAAACGAUAUUUCCGCAGUACCUAGACGCUAAUCUUACUCCAAGCGAAGGACGACGUCUCACAAAGACACAAUCCGUUGAAAACCCGCAACUUGAGGAGAUUGCAGUGGUUUUGGGUUUGCUUGGCUACAAGAAUUUCUUCAUUGAUCGUACUCUUUCAUAUCCCCGUUCACAGGCUUCAAGUAAGUACGCCUUUGUGCCGAAGGGGUGUGUAAAGGUACCGAUCAAGCGGCCACAAACGGAGCAUUAUGUCCGUGUAAGUGAAUUUGAUUCUCAAACACGUGGUGUGACGGUGGAAGAUAUUAGAAGCAAACAAGAACUUCUACGUCGAGUGGCUGCUGCAAUAAAAGCCAAUGGUGCACCACGACCACAACAGGUAACAGUUGCUGCCGCCACUGCUACUAUAUUGCGAAAGAAGUAA